AUGGAUUCUUCUCACGACAUUGGUUUGUCGCAAGCAGAGUGGAGCCCGUUAGAAGAGAUGGUUUUGGAGCUUGCUCUCCUGGUAAACCCAGAGGGAACGCCAGAUCGAUGGUCUCGGAUCAGUGCCAAUUUUUCAGGGAAGAGUUCGAAACAAGUACUGUACCAUCAUUACCAGGCUCUGAAAGAUGAAUUGCAGAAGGAAGAAGGUGGCAAUUCUGGUGAUGGAUGUAGUAUGGGUAUGGCACCGGAGCAACGCCCACCGAAAGGUCAGAACACCUCUUCUGGAUCAGGACGCCGCGGCCAGGAGAGGAGGAAGGCUAAGCCAUGGACGGAGGAAGAACAUCGUUAUUUUUACAGGAACUUGCAACUUAUGAGAAGGGGGAUUGGAAGAGCAUAUCUCGACAUGCAGUGGUGA